CCCAUUAAUUCUCAUAAUAUAGAGUUAGGAGCUGAGUUCGUGGGCACCUUCAUCCUCAUCUUCGGCGCGACGGCGGCGCCGAUCGUGAACCAGAAGUACAACGGCGCGGAGACGUUGAUCGGCAAUGCCGCGUGCGCGGGGCUCGCCGUCAUGAUCGUCAUUCUGUCGACGGGCCACAUCUCGGGCGCCCACCUGAACCCCUCGCUCACCAUCGCCUUCGCGGUGCUCCGCCACUUCCCCUGGGUGCAGGUCCCCGCGUACAUCGCCGCGCAGGUGUCGGCCUCCAUAUGCGCCUCGUUCGCCCUCAAGGGCAUCUACCAUCCCUUUCUCUCCGGCGGCGUUACCGUCCCCUCCGUCAGCACCACCCAAGCUUUCUUUAUCGAGUUCGUCAUCACCUUCAAUCUCCUUUUCGUCGUCACCGCCGUCGCCACCGAUACUCGUGCGGUAGGGGAAUUAGCUGGAAUAGCGGUGGGAGCAACUGUGAUGCUUAACAUACUUAUCGCGGGGCCAUCGAGUGGGGGAUCAAUGAAUCCGGUGAGAACAUUAGGGCCCGCGGUGGCCGCGGGGAACUACAAGCAGAUAUGGAUAUACCUGGCGGCCCCGACAGCAGGUGCAAUCACUGGCGCGGCCGUUUACACUGCGGUGAAGCUGAGGGACGAGAACGGGGAAACGGUGCGCCCGGUGCGGAGUUUCCGCCGCUAAAUCCAAAUGCUAUGGUGAGGUGAUCAUGCAGUUACAUUAUCUAUUUAUUAAUUAUGAUCAUGGUGGUAAUUAAUGAUUAGUGUUGCAAUAAUCCUCGUUUUGCUUUGCUCAAAACGAAUUGUUAAGACGUAUAGAUAUGGUGUGGUGUUUGUUUGGUUUAAGUGUGAGGCAAAGAUGAGCCCUAAGAGGUUCACUUUGUUGUUGUGGUAUUAUUAUUUGCUAUACAUAUUGUGAUAAUUAGUGAAAUAUGUUGUGGAAAUAAACCAGGUCACAAACCCUAUAAGAUGUAAGGAUGAUCCUGUUAAAUGGUCUCUUAUUGUA